AUUAGUAAAGUUGAGUACUCCUGUGAAUACUCCUUUGAACAAAGAAAGCAUUGAGAAACUUGGGGCUAACACUCGUGCUUUGGCAGCCGAUGACGUAAAGAAUAUGGCUGAUGCAGACCUUCUGGAUACAGAUGUUUUAACAAUACUGAGUGCACAAAGAGAAAAACUUCCAAGAGCCACAAAGAAACAAAUUAUGGAAAAGGUACGGAAUUCUGCUGACCCGAAAGGUAACUUAUUAAAAUUGGGAGGUUUGAUGAAGGAAGCUCCACUUGAACUGAUAAAACAGUUAACAGCAGACGAGCUUAUGGAACAGGUGACAAAAGAGUCUUGUUCAGUGGAUUGUGAGGGAGCAGCGUGUGAAGUUCUGUAUAAGAAAGCUAUAGAAAGUAUUGGUCGACCUGAUAUAAAGAAUCCUGAUUUUAAUGUAGAUAAUGCAAAUAAACUUUGCAAUAUUAUGUGUGGUAUUCCCUUGGAGGAUAUUAAGUCACUGCCAGAGGACAGCAAAUUAUCCAGUUUGAUAAACGUAUUUAAUGAACGCAAAUGUUUGAAUCAAAAACAGGCUAAACUUUUAGCUUCAAAAGAACUAAGUUACUUAAACUUUGCCGAAGCUGCACCAUCCAUUACUCGUGAAGACGUUGAAAAUAUGGGUGGUCAAACGUUGAAAUACCUGUCUGAUGCUGAAUUAAAGAAGAUACCAGCAGCUGUCUGUAAGGAUGUGGUUCGAGAAUUGGGUAAAGUGGAUUUGUCAGAUGUGCCUAGAAAGGAGAUGGUGAUGAUAGCUAAAUAUGCCUUAGAGACUUGUUACCAAAAAGUAACAGGCCCUUUAUCUGAUGCAGAGCUAUUGCUUUUGGGUAACUUGGUCUGCGUUUUACCUAAAGAACGUAUUGCUGAAUUAACAUCUAUAACAGCUAUUGAAGAUUUGACUGCAAUGAUAGACAGUUGCCCAUCAAUACGAAGAGAUGAACUUAAAGUACUAAAAGAAAAGUUUGUCUCUACUCAGGAAUUAACUGACUUCUCAACUGUGGAUGACUCCAUUCUAGCUUUAGGUGCUCGACUUUUAGCUUAUGAUUGUGAAGCCAGCGGCGAUGCACUACAGCAGAUUCCAGAUUCCGUAAUGGCUGCAGGCAUAACCGACUUUGUUGAAUCUGUAGAGAAGGGUAUGGAAAACGAGGAAAUGAGAAAAGCGAAUGGCAAUGAGGGUGAUAUCCCAACUGCUGAACGUUCUCAAACUAUGGCAGACAAUAAGUGUAUGAUAUUAAAAGGCAUAAAUGCUAGAAUUGCUGAAAGGACUGCCGAGGCCGCAGCAGCGACUCAAAGUGCGAGAAAGAAAAGAUCCACAGGGACCGUAACGUGUAACGAUAUCAAGAUGAUGGGAAAUUUAGCUAGCGCUUUAACAGCAAGUCACAUCAAUGGUCUGUCCGACACGGAUUUCUCAGACUGCGCCAGUCAUCUUGGUGAAGUCAACGACUGGUCUGACACACAAAAAGCUGCUUUAGUCACUAAAGCUAAAGCUGCUUGGGGAGCUGUAAAUACUUGGACUGAAAAUAAUGUACUAGACAUGGGAAGUAUUGGACUAGGUCUUACUGCUGAUGAGAUAUCAAGCCUGACCUUAAGUGUUGAUAGCUUAGCUACGCUCGGUACUAUAUCUGGAUGGACAACUGCACAACUUUCAUCUGGAUUUUCUAAGUGGUUUGGUGACAGGACUCAUAGUACACUAACACGUGUAGAACUAUCAUCCAUCGGUCAUUUUGCUUGUGGCAUAUAUCAUACCAGCAUUGGUAGUAUUCCUGCAGAUGCAUACAAAUUCGCUGCGAAAGAUGUCGGGUCAGCUGAUAUGUGCGACAGUAAUCAACUAACUGCUUAUGCUACCUUAGCUAAAACAUCGUACGGUAAUACUGUAACAAAUUGGGAUUCUUCUACUGUCAAAGAAGUUGGUGCCGUUAUUGGUGGUUUAUCGGCUUCUGACAUUGGAACUCUAACUGAACAACAACUAUCCGCUAUCGACCCAACCGUGGUCUCUAAAAUACCAGGUCCCACACUUAGUGGACUUACAGCUACACAGAUCGCCUAUCUGAGCCCUGCUCAAGCUAAGAGUAUUACUGAUGCCCAGAAAGCAGAUCUCUCGACUGAUCAAAAGAAAGCAAUUUCAAAAGUCACUGGUGUUGCAACAGACGAUGACAGUGCUGCUCCGGAUUCAAUGAAGAAUAUAUCCGCCAUAUUUGUCGGAAUUAUGGUUCUCAUGGCUAUGACUUACACCAAAGUUUUGUUUUAAAAAAUAAUAAAAAUAUGAUUUGACAUAGGUCUUGUCUAAACUGUGAUAUAUUUAAUUCUAACAUAUUAUUUUUGGUUUUUAAUAUGUUCUAGAAUCGUGUGUUCUUUUUAGUCCGAAAAUUGAAUUGUCAGUCCAGUUUGCAAGAUUCACUUUUAAACUUAUAAAUUUAUUUAUUUAUUUAUUUAUAAAUAAUCAUUUUGACAUUUUGUAAAUUAUCCAAUGUAUCUAUGAAUCAUACUUUUACAAUUUCUACAAAAGAAUAUCAUUAUUAAUUUUCUAACUUUUAUCAUAAAAAUAUAACGAUUUUUGUAUUCAACAACAAAAAAAAUCCCACAUACCCCCCCCCCCCUCCCACACACACACACACACACACACAAAAUAGAGUCCGUCCGAUUUUGUGAACAAUUGUUUGAUAUUGUUUGUUUGUUUGUAUGUUUGAUAUUUAUAUUAUUAACUCAAGGUUUCACAUUUAACUUAUUAUCAUAUUAACAGGAAAUCCUAUCAAUUUUUUUUAUAGAACCCUAAAGUAUGCCAACUUAUUUUUAAAUUUGCUCAAGGCUAAAAUCCAGGUUGAUUUAGAAUAUCUAGCGGUUUCCCUCCACCACAAAGUGAAGACAAGUAAAACGAUAUUUUCAACUAUAAAAAACGGAGCGAAACAAGGUCUGUGCUUAAAUUAAAAACACGAAAUUGAAUUCAAUAUUGGUCCAUUUCAAUCAAUAGUGAUGCUUUUAUCUUACCGUGAAAACAUGGGAUCCUAAUAUUCAAUAUUUAUAUAUAAGACACAAUGAACAUUUUAAAAUCAGUACACCGAGUCGUGUACCCUAUGGUUUCGACUGCCAUUUGUAAUGAACAAAGACAAACGUCCCUACAAGAAAAUGCGGAAGUUAUUAUUAAUGACAAAAUAAUAAUUAAGAAAUGGACUAAGUUUAAUUUGAACUGUUCACGUAUUUCACAGAACAUAAUUGAUUUGGAAUUUCAAUAUUUUUUUUUCUAAAAAUGAAUAUAAAUCACUUUAUAUACAUUCAUACGACAUUAAUAUGUGCCUUUUAGACCCAAUUUCGUCUAUUUUAAGUUUCAGGAGAUUAGAGCCAUAUGCCCUUUAAUCAAAUGGGUUCAAUUUAUACUCAAGAACAAAUUAGAUCUUAUGGGCGUUUUAAAAUCGUUCUUUGUUAUGUUUCAUGAAAUGAAAUACAAUUUAAACAACUAUUUAGAAUUUUUUUUUAUGGAUGUUAUUUAUUCAAUAGUGCCAAACUGGCCACUUCUUUGUAAACAAAAUAAAUUUUAUUGUAAUGUACGAAAACCAUCACCCGGUUGAAACUUGUUGCUUUUUUAAACAUUUGUUAUUGCUUUUUAUUGUAAAUAAAUUUAGUGUUGUAACCGUUGGGUCUGCUCGAAAAUUUACGACACGAUAUUUUCUAUAUGUGACGAGUUUCUCGAUGCUGCGAUUAUAUAGACCUAUAAACCAUCACGGAUAUCGCAUACAGUUUAUGACGUUGUAAAAACUGUAAUAAUGAAGUGAUGGGAGAGUGAUAAUUACGUUGUUAUGUAUUAAAUAUAGAUAAUUGAACUUAAUUUAGAUAUUUUGUAUACCAAAACUUUAACAUGAAAUUAUACUGUUACAUUAUACAUGUUCUUGCAUUAUUUUAUGCGAUUAUAUUUUUGUUUUUGUUGAGGCACUUCUACAAUAAAAU